CCCCUCUCGCGACAUUUCCCCCUUCUUUGAUGACUUCGGCAAUCCAGGGCAACGAAGUGUACGGCGGUGCCGAGACUUCUGCGGGCAUCUUCCUGCACCGCAGCAGUGACGACGCCAUCGUCAAGGGGAACUACGUGCACGACAACGGUGACGCCGGUUUGGCGAUGCUCGAGUCGUUCAACACCGACGUGUCCGAUAACACGUUCGAGAACAACAAGUACGGCGUGCGGUUCAGCGUGGGCUGUGCCGACAACGUCUUCUCCAACAACACCAUCAGCAACAACGCCGAGUAAGUUGACGAAGGCAGAGAGAGCCCCAAGGCGGGAAUAGGACAGCAGUACGUGUAGUAAUAGUGGUUUUUCUUCAACAACAGACGGAAGCCCUCAAGACAGCGUGCUCCAAAUGGAAUAGAUUCCACUAGCCUGUAGAGGUGGGGCAUAUGAGGCAGAGCAGAGAGUUGGCACAGCCGGGUUCGUUUUUCAUCUAUUCCUGCGACAUCCACUUUGCCGUUUUCCACCAGGUACAUCGGCAUUGAACCACGUGAAAAUGGCGCAGCAAUGGUGCUCGUUUGCCGGGGUACCCACCCCCCAUGGU